ACUUCUGUUCCCUUCAGUUUUACUAUCAGUGGUUUGAUAGUCUGGAGCGUUUUCUGUGCGUAAUGGCGCAUCAGGAGGACUUUUCUACCAACUUUUCUUUACCUGAAACCUGACUUGAGCUGCAGCAGAGUUUGUUCCCGGACAAGAAGUCAUGACAGGACACAUGAUUAACCGUAUAAUUAACCUGCUCACAUAUUUCAGUCGGAGGACAUCAUCGCUUCAUGCUGACAGAAGCUGCUUUGUCUUUCUGUGAUUUAUGGGCUGCUGCCUGCGCUCAGGGUUUUCUUCUCUUUAUUUAUUUAUUUUUUUCUAUCGGUGAGACUUUUUCGGUCCUCUGAGCCCAGGUCUGAUCAUGGUUUCAGGAGGAAGAACAGCUGAUUUGGCGCCAACAGCUGCUGUAAAGAUCUUCUCAGCUGGAACAGCUGGAUGUGUGGCCGAUCUGGUCACUUUCCCUCUGGACACCGCCAAAGUCCGCCUGCAGAUCCAGGGUGAAUCCAGGAGCUUGCCGGAGGGCCAGAGGGCCAAAUACAGAGGUGUGUUCGGCACCAUCUUCACCAUGGUGAAGACCGAGGGGCCCAGGAGUCUGUACAGCGGGCUGGUGGCGGGACUGCAGAGACAGAUGAGCUUCGCCUCGGUCCGAAUCGGCCUGUACGACAACAUGAAGCAGUUCUACACCCGCGGAUCAGAAAAUGCUGGAAUCGGCGCUCGACUGCUGGCGGGCUGCACCACCGGGGCGAUGGCCGUGGCCUUCGCUCAGCCCACCGACGUGGUCAAAGUCCGGUUCCAGGCUCAGGUCCGGCUGCCUGAGAGCGGCUCCGUGAAGAGAUACAGCAGCACCAUCGAUGCCUACAGGACCAUUGCCAGGGACGAGGGCGUUAAAGGGCUCUGGAAAGGUUGUCUGCCAAACAUCACCCGUAACGCCAUCGUGAACUGCUCCGAGCUGGUGACCUACGACGUCAUCAAAGAGCUCAUCCUGAAGUACAAACUGAUGACGGACAACAUGCCGUGUCACUUCACUGCAGCCUUCGCAGCAGGUUUCUGCACCACGAUUGUAGCGUCUCCGGUGGACGUGGUGAAAACGCGCUUCAUGAACUCGGUGCCCGGCCAGUACAGCGGUGCCAUUAACUGCACCUUGACCAUGCUGAUCAAAGAGGGGCCCACAGCUUUCUAUAAGGGCUUCAUGCCUUCGUUUCUUCGCCUGGGCUCCUGGAAUAUUGUGAUGUUUGUGAGCUACGAGCAGAUUAAGAGGGCUGUGAUGAGAUUUCAGCAGUCCUGGGAGUCUCCGAUCGGACCAGUCUAACUGCUGGUUUGACGCUGAAGCUGUGGCGGCUUCAAUCAGCAGUGUGGUUACGAAUGCUGUUAGUCCGGCCUUGUUCAUCCUCAGGGAUAAAACUGAAUGUGCAUGUCACUAAAGGGGACUUAUUAUGCUUUUAAUUAGUUCCUGUCAGGUGUAUAUAAUGCUAAAGUGCCGGAUGUUUAUUUUAAACAUAGUCAGAGUUUCAUAUAAUGAGGAAAACGUACGUAAGAGUGACUUCAGACAGCUCUGAACACAAGGUGUCCAGUGUUUUCAGUGAGGUAGUGGCAGUACAGCUAAUGAACGCUGGGUGCUUACCCUCGGCAGGCUUCCGGAAGUUGGCCAAUCAGGAGAAAAUGGGCUUUUAGGAUGGGGGCCUUAAAGCGACAGGAGCUAAAACUGCUCGGAGCUGCAUAAAAGGUCAUUAUAAGAUCAAUACAGUUGUUUUUUUUAACUGGGAAUCAUGCAAAGCUACACUUUUGGAGUCCCAGAAUAAACAUACAGAGCUGAAAAUAAGCACAAUAGGUCCCCUUUAAAGACGUCAUGCUCCAAAGAGAAACUGCAGGGAUAAUUCUUGAUGACAUUUUUCUUAUUUAAUUAUUAGAAUAAUGAAUGUUUUGUAAUGUUUUUCAUUGGCCUUCAUCACUGAAGACGUUCUGAUGCUGUCAUUGUUCACUAGAUACAACGACAAGUCAAAGUGUCUGCACUGUGUGUUAGAUGUAGAUAACCUAUGGUGUGGAUGGGAAUGCAGAGCUUACUUCCUACUUUGAAGUGAAUUUGUAUUUGCUAAGCAUGCUUAGGAAUACAAGGAACUGGACUCCGGGUCGUGUGGUUUGUGUUGAACAGAGUUACGUACAUACUUAUGUACACAUAGAAACAACAGGUCAAACUGUUAAAUGUAAGAAGGAACAUGUGAAGUGUGAAGGUGUGUAGGAGUGAAGGGAAGUAAAUAAAUAUUAAAAAUCUUAUGUAAGUAUGUUUUCA